AUGUCAUCCGGAUGGUAUCCAGCUGUCUUCGAGCUUAGCAGCCAAACAACAGCGGAGAAGAAGCUCUAUAAAAAGCGCUGGCAGCCCGCCAAUGCAUUUCUGGGUCGAAAAUUUAUCGCCCUUUUCUCCGUAUUGGCAAUUGUGGCUACCAUUAACUGCUUCCGCACUUUUAGAGGCCGGACUCAUCGAGGGAAUGCCCCGCGACAAUUAAUGGGAGGGCUGCAUGGUGGAGAUGAUGAUCCCGAGCUGGCCGAAAUACUUGACUUCUGCUUGGAGAUGGAGGGAAACGAAGAAGCCACAUACUCAUUACCAGGACGCCUGAAUCAUCCAGAUUUGGCAGCUAAUCAACCAUUUCAGUCGGGGCCUCAGCAGGACCAGCAUCUCCAGGUGAGCCAGGCAAGCGCGCCUUUUUCUGUAAUGCAGCAACUUUCGACUCCAACGUAUUCAUUUUCGGCUGAGACUGAUUCGGAUCCUUGGAAUGAAGGAGAACACAGCCUUCUAGAGAGUUUAGUUGCUGCCGGGGAGCCGCCGGAUGACUCUCCAGCGAGAUGGCCGCCUCCAUACUCGUUGACUGAUCCCACGCACUCUGACCUUGCUGGGGGCUCGUAUUUCUCGGGCACAGUUCAAAAUAACGUACCUGUGGCAUAUAGUACUACGAGCACGCCAUCACCUUAUCAGGGUUUUCAGGAACUGAGCCCUUGCGCAGAGCCCUAUGCGCAUUUGCACCCCUGCGCAGUCCAAGCUUCCGCAAUGUUGGGGUCAGAACGAUGGAGAGAUCCUUCGUAUCAGCAUCAAACGUUCGACGAAUUCCAAACUAGCUCGGGUCACGUAUAUGGCGCUGCUCCCGUGGGGACCCAGCCACGCAGGUGGUUCGGGGAGCUUGACAAUAACCGUUCUGACCCUCCAGUCAGUCGAAAGAGGACGAAUGACCAGGUUACACAGGAGAUCGGGGGAGCACAAGACCCUGGGUAUGGAAGGCCCAAUUUGAAACGGAUGCGUUUCUCUGCAAUACGAGCUCUGUUGGGUAAAACAUCAGGAGUCGAUAACAAGCAAACCUCUUCUGACGCUCUUGAGAGAGCAGUUCAAUCAGUACCAUUGGUUUGGGCUCCCCCCGAGAUAGACUUGGCUACUAUUGAAACGGAGUCAAGCCACGACGAGGCGAGCGCUCCACUUUCGUUCCCUUCAUUGAGCGCAUACGAGGGAUUGAGCAGCUCAGCGUCGACCCAUGUAGGAGGAAUUCAGUUGUAUGACUCAUCAGCUGGCGAUUAUUCCUUACGGCCAGGCCUGGUGCAUAGUGAUUGCUCUUCAAGGAAAGAGCCACAUGCAGUGCCAGCCCGACAACCAACGCCUGCUUUUGGCACGCCGGUUGCUGAGCCUCUUCGAAGUCCAUCAUUGUUAACCACAACUCAAUCCACAAACGAUUCUCAAGACAGGGCACCUUCUGUGGAGAGAGUUUCACCAGAACCCGACUCGGAUCCUGAACAAGAGCUCGUCGAUCAUAUCUUUUACAGAUUGCCGACAUUGGGCAAGCAUGUGACGCCAAGAAAAUUUUCCCUGACUAGGGCUCAAGGAUAUAAACAUGUCAAAACGUGUUUCAGCACUUUAGCUUACAUGCGCGCAUUCCUUGAAAAGCCACGUCUGGAUGCGUGGGAGGCUGACACCGUAGUCACCAUGUCUGAACGACUUGUGGGCCACUUGAUUUACUACCAGAACACACCUCUGUCAACGUUGACUCCCUCAGAGGCAAUCGCAGUUUUGGGGCGUCGGUUUCUGAUAUUAGAUGCGCUCCUAUGUGCAAUAGAGGCUUUGGGGCCUGCAAUGGAGGCAGAUCAGUGGUGGCCACAAGUCAUUCCUGCGGUUCCAGCAUUUUGGGAAUGCAAAAGACGUCACUUUUGCGUGCCGCGCACAAAAGCUUACGUGCUUCUUGCACACCGACUGAGCGCUGCGGUCGAAAUUUUAAAAGAAGGCAACCGGCUUGGGGCAAGGGAAACUGUUGAGCUCAAGCGAGACGACAAAACGUUCCUUAGUAGGUAG